AUGGACUUCUCAUUGCGAUCUCCAAUGAAACAUGGAACGGCUUUCGGAGUCGCGUCUCCGUCAAUGUCGCCUUCCGUGUCGGAAGCCAUCAUGAAGGAGAUGAACGACCGGGCCAAACAGAUUGUCGAGCAGGGCGACACUGGGUCUCCUACAAAACGCAACGCCGGUCCGUCAAAUUCCGCCGCGGCGGUCGCAGCCAGCUACACACCCUCCAGACGGUCGGCUAGAGCCACCAGUCGGUUUGGAAGAGCCCACCAACGGUCCUUCAAAAACAUGGACUCCAUCAGCAACCACUAUGCGGCUCAAAGAGACAGAGCUGCGGCGGCGGGCUCGGGAGGCGAACCGGAACGAAUGGAGAUUUAUAACGACGCAAAGACGCCGGAGAAAAUCACUGACGGAGCCAGACAACGAGACGUGGUGUCGUCAGCGGCCAAGCGUCGAAAAAUCAACAUUUUCGGCCGCAAACUCGAACUGGCACACACAGCGCAGCAACUGGGCUCGCCAACCAAGGAGAACAUGGCUCCCGUGUCUCCAGCUAAGGACCUGGCUGCUCUACGUUCGCCGGAGAAGAUGAACCAGGAGAACCUGAACCUGUCGCCUGUCAAGCUCAACACUCUGGAAACGUCUUCUCCCAUCAAAAAGUCGCCCUCUAAGGUGGUUGAUUUGCAUCUGUCCAAGGAGGAGAAAGAGCCGUCAAGCGCAAAUACAAAUACAAAUACAAGCACAACGGCCAAAACCAUCCCUCCAUCGCAUUCCCUUCGACACAUGAAAUCGAAAACCAACAUGUCUCGACCGCCUACCAAGCCCGUGGGCUUCUCACUGAGCACAGAUCGACGUGCCGAGCGGACCAUUCCGUCCAGUGCAAGUACCCGGUCCGUUUCAGAGGGCUCUAGGCUGCCCAUGAGUCACUCCCAGAGUACCCGUUCGUUAAGAGGGCACGCCACGUCGGGCGGUGCUUCAUCUACAGUCUCUGCACCCACUCUGUCUCCUUCAAAGAGCACCCCUUCGCUUUCUGCAGCUGCUGGCAACUCCAGAUUGCGAACUCCUUCGGUUCGAAUGCCGCCCUUGGGAACUGCUCGAAAGACCUCUGCCAGUGAGCCUUCCACAGGAGCUCGUAUGGCUCCGAGGAUGACAAAGUCGAGUACCAUGUCCAAUUUGAGACGUCCUGGAAUAUAA